GAGGAAUUGGCAGCGAUGACGACGACGACGGCGCCGGGCAAGACGACGAUCGACGACCUCAUUGCGGCGUCGCCGGUCUUCGACGCCGGCCUCGCCAAGGACUCUUACGAGCUCGGGCGCGUCAUCGGCCGCGGCUCGUACUCGACCGUGCGCGUGGCGAUUGAGAAGGCGACGCGCACCAAGUACGCGGCCAAGUGCAUUCGCCGCGCCAACCUCAGCCUCGACGACGUCCACGCGCUCCUCGUCGAAGUCUCGGUGCUCAAGCAGAUGCACCACCGCAACAUCAUUGCGCUGCACCAAGUGUUUGCCGAGCCCGAGUUUUUUGUGCUCGUGACCGAGUUUGUUGAGGGCGGCGAGCUCUUUGACCGCAUCGUCGAGAAGACGUGCUACACCGAGCGCGAGGCCCGCGACGUGGUCAAGAGCCUCCUCGAAGUCACCGCGUACUGCCACGCCGCCAACAUUGUCCAUCGCGACCUCAAGCCCGAAAACAUCCUGCUCGUCAACCGCGACGACCACACGUCGUUCAAGCUCGCCGACUUUGGCUUUGCGAAGCGCAUUGCAGUCGACAGCGCGGGCCUCGUGACGGCGUGCGGCACCCCGGGGUACGUGGCGCCCGAAGUGCUCAUGGGCAAGCCCUACGGCGCCAGCGUCGACGUAUGGAGCAUCGGCGUCAUCACGUACAUCCUCCUCUGCGGGUACCCGCCCUUCCACGACGAGAACCGGCCGGCGCUCUUCGCGCAGAUCAAGGAGGGCGUCUUUCACUUCCACGAGCCGUACUGGGACGACGUCUCGGACGCGGCCAAGGACCUCAUCACGCAAAUGCUCACAAAGGACCCCAAGGCGCGCCCGACGACCGCGCAGCUCCUGCGCCACCCGUGGAUCACAGGCAUCGACGUCGGCUCGGUCCAGCUCGACAACGCUCUCAUCCAGCUGCGGCAGUUCAACGCGCGGCGCAAGCUCAAGGCGACGUCCAUCGCGGUGCUGAGUACCGUGGCCUUUGGCGCGCGCUCGGGCAGCUUCGGCGAUUCGUUCCGCAAGGCCGCGCAGCGCAGGCGCGCCGACGACGACGUGACCGCGCCAAGCCCAGUAGACGUACAACCCAGCACAACGCUGUAAAGACCGAUGCCAAUACUAGAUACCACUGUACGACGCGUGUCGCCGGCGCGCGGCUACUCUCUCAG